AUGAGGCAUACACAUUCAACGUCCAAGAAAAUUUCUGACGCGAUGAUUCCAGCCGAGCUACAACUUUAUGUUACUGUUGAGGAAUCUCUUUGGUCACUUUCCCAGCGUAGCAUGAAAUCGGCGGUAGAUUUAACAGCUGCAUUUUUAAAGAUGAAAGGUGAUGAAAGAUUCAUUGCUGAAGCGAUCAGAAAUGUCAAUUUCAGACGCCCAACAAAUGUUUCAGUAUUAGUUGAGUUCUUGAAACAAUUAGAAAAGGCAUGUGGAAUCAAGUUCAAAGUCGAUCCAAAUCCAUCGGCUUUAAUUCCACAAGAAAUGAAGCCAUUUAUGGAUCAAAUCUUAAAUGAUAAUGCAGAAAAAGUGACAAAGAUUAAAAACACAUUUGGAACUAGUCCUAUUGAGUUAAGUGCUAUUUAUGGCGCAAAGAAGUGCUUCACUGCUCUCUUAGAUAAAAACGGAGGGCAAAUAACUCCAGAUAUUUUGGAUGCUGUUGUUUCCGGCGGAAACAGCGAUAUUUUGGAUGAAUGUUUUAAGAGAGGAGCCUCAUUUAAAGGAUAUCUCAUGGCUGCAGUCGAGUUCCACAGAAAUGACUUAUGUGAUAUCUUCCUUGAGAAAUAUCCUGAAGAUUCAACAACAAUUGAAUUCCCUGUUGCUCUUGCAGCAUCAAAUAUGAGAGCUGCUCUUUAUGCACUUCAAUUUAACAAAAUUGAUUUCCCAUUCCACGAAGCUGUGAACGGUGGAAGCAUCACAAUGAUAAAGUACUUGAUGGAAACAAAAGGAAUGAAUGUUGAUUGCAAAGGAGAAUCCGGAAGAACUCCUUUGAUGAUUGCUUCUUCAAUCGGUGAAUAUGAUGUUGCAAAAUAUCUUUUGGAUCAUGGAGCUGAUGUCAAUGCAAAAGAUUCAACAGGAACAACAGCAAUUAUCUACGCAAGCUACUAUAAUUACUUGCCAAUCGUUGAACUUCUUAUCGAAAGAAAAGCUGAUGUAAAUGCGCUCAGAGAAAACGGCGAAAACGCAAUUACCGCAGCUGUUGCAGUCAACGCUUUGGAAAUUGUUAAAAUGCUUCGCUGGAAUGAAUGCAUCAUUCAGCAGAAGAAUGCUGAUGGUGUUUCCAAUCUCAAGGUCGCAAGGGAUAAUGGUUUCAAGGAAAUGGCAGAAUUCUUGAAGAAUAAUGGUGCCACAGAUUAA